AUGGCCGCGCCGCUGCUGCACCUGUGGCUGCUGCUGGGCUGCGCCGCGGCGGGCCGCCCGGGCGCCCCGCGGCGCCGGCCGGCCUUCCAGGGCCACGUGCCCGAGAACUGGCCGGCGGGCACUCGCGUGAGCGGCCUGACCAUCCCGCUGACGCGGCUGGGGCCCGAGCCGUGGUGCGCCAAGGUGCAGGGGCGGCGCUGGCACCUGCAGCUGCUGGGCGACGGGCACGCGCACUUCCAGGCGGCGCUGCACGCGCGCUCCGGGCAGGUGUGGCUGCGCACCACGCGGGCGCUGGACCGCGAGGCGCGCGCGCGCUACGCCCUGCGCCUGGCGCUGUGCUGCAAGCGCUGCUCGCCGUCCCCCCGCGCGCGCGGCCGCAGCGCCCCGUCGGAGCUGGCCACGGUCGCCAUCGCCGUGCUGGACGCCAACGACAACGCGCCGCGCUUCCUGGCCCGCGCCGGCCCGGCCGCGACGCGCCUCCGCGUGGCGGAGACGCUGGCGCUGCGGGCGCAGGUGUGGCAGGCGCGGGCGCACGACUCGGACGACGGCGCCAACGCCGAGCUGCGCUACUUCGCGCGCCCGGGCAGCGCCCACUUCUUCGUGGUGCCGCGCACGGGGCGCGUGGUGCUGGUGCGCUCGCUGCUCAACGUGCGCGCGCCGCUCCCGCUGCGCCUCUUCGCCCGCGACCGCGGCCAGCCGCCGCUGCUCAGCGCCCCGCUCGACCUCGAGCCGGAGCCGCCGCUGGCGCUGGUCCUGCCCGAGGACGCGCGGCCCGGCACCCUGCUGGCCACGCUGGGCCCCGCCACGCGCGUCGCCGCGCCGCGCUUCGAGCUCGCCUCGCCGCCGCCCGGCGAGGCCCCCGUGCGCGUGGACCGGGACACCGGCGAGGUCACCCUGGCCCGCGGCCUGGACAGGGAGGCGGCGGCCCGCUGGGAGAUCGUCUGCCGGGUGCAGGAGAGAGCAGGAAAGAAUUGGUACCUUGUGCAUUUAGAGCUUACAGUGACAGAUGUGAAUGACAAUGUCCCCGAAUGGCUUAUGGAGCCCUUUCCCUAUUUAGCCACAGUUUCACCUGAAGCCACAGCAGGUACUCAGGUGUACAAGCUCUCAGCUAAGGAUCAAGAUGAAGAUGAAAAUGGAGCUGUUGAAUAUUUUCUUGUGGAAGGCGGAGAAGAUCGAUUUGAAGUUGAAAAGGACACUGGCUGGAUCAAGACGACAGGCUUACCCCUGGUGAAAGAGCGGGAGUAUUUGCUGACGGUGCUGGCUGCUGACAAGCCCGGUCGGCAGGGGGCCCCUGCCUCGGUUUCUGUGGUUGCCGGGCUUCGGGCUCCGCAGUUCACCAACACAUCGUAUGCCGUUUACAUCCCUGAAAAUACGCCCCGCGGAGAAUCGUUUCUGACCGUUUCUGCUUUGUCACAUCAAAACAAGUCCUUAAGUUAUACCCUUGUAACAAAUCCAAAUGGCCUGUUUGGCAUAAACCAGGCAACAGGCGAUGUUCAUGUCAACCGGAAUAUAGAUUAUGAGCGUGAUCAGCACCAACAUCUCCUCCUGGUGCAAGCAAGCGAAAACCAGGGGCAGCUCAGCAGCACAGUCGAGGUUUGGGUUGUAAUCACAGACGUCAAUGAUUGUGCCCCAGAAUUCCAGCAGUCAAUCUACACCAAAGACAAUGUUCCUGAGACGGUGGCUGUAACAACUGCACUCCUACAAGUGUCAGCCACUGACUGUGAUUCUGAAGAAAACGCAGCAAUACUCUACUACACACUGAGCCCCGAUUUCAGCAUUUCUACUCGUGGCACCAUCUUCCCAGCUACGGAACUGAACUACGAACGGCCUAAUCACCUGUACGAGUUUGUUAUUAUGGCUGUUGAUAAAGGAGAGCCGCCAAGGACUGGGACGGCGACAGUCAGGAUCCGUAUCUCGAACGUCAAUGAUGAAGCACCCAAGUUUUCGCAAGCAAUCUACAGGAGUUUUGUUUCUGAAGACGCAGGGCCCAACACCUUGAUAGCCACGGUUCAUGCUAUGGACCCAGAUGGAGACGGCGUUUCGUACAGCAUUACUGGAGGGAAUCAAAGAGGGAACUUUAUUAUUGACCCUCAGAAAGGGUUAAUCCGCCUCCGCUCAAGCCCGCCCCCUGAGCUGCAUGGGCCAGAAUAUGUCCUGAAUGUUACAGCAACUGACGAUAAUGCCUCUGGCGGACCUGGCUCACUCAUGAGCACCGCUCUGGUGGUUGUGCAUGUGGAUGAUGUCAACAACAACAAACCUGUUUUUCAGAAGUGCCAGCAUUAUCGCGAGCACGCGUCCGUGCUGGAGAACCAGCCAGUGGGAACUUUUGUGUUGCAAGUCGAGGCAACAGAUGCGGACGAAGGAGCCAAUGGCAGAGUGAAAUACAGCUUGAUGCACUGGGAUGGGGCUCUUCCUGCGUUUAACAUUCACCCUGACACAGGUGUCUUGACAACACUUCAGAUAUUCGACCGAGAAAAGCAGAGAGAGUACCCGGUCACUGUGAUGGCGACGGACCAGGCCACGGAGCCUCUCAUUGGGAUCUGCCAGAUCAACGUCAUCAUCUUGGAUGUAAACGAUAACAGCCCCCGGUUUGAGAACACCCGCUAUGAAUAUUUCUUGAGAGAGGACGUAAAUGUGGGGAUGAGCUUUCUUCGUGUCACAGCCCAUGACGAUGACUAUGGUUCAAAUGCUUCUGUUACAUAUUCUGCGGCCAAUGGGAAAACGAAAUACUUCCAGGUCAAUCCUACCACGGGUUGGGUUUAUGUCAGCCAGCCCCUAUUACAGACAAGUCGAGGAUUGCAUUACAUCAUAGCAACGGACGGGGGAAACAGGAGCAGUAAGGUAGAACUUGCGGUUACCGUCACCAGCGCAAAAAACCAGCCUCCUCAGUGGGACAGAGACCAUUAUGAAGUUGUCAUUCCAGAAAACACGACAAGAGACACCUCCAUUUUGACAAUCAAAGCAACCCCUCCCCUUGGCGAUCCACGUAUAACGUAUAAUCUGGAAGAGGGGCUGGUUCCAGAGACCAACAUGCCUAUCCGAUUCUACUUGACCCCAAACAGAGAUGACGGUUCUGCAUCUAUCCUCAUCGCCGAGCCUUUGGAUUACGAAACCACCAGGGCCUUUUCCUUGAGGGUUCGAGCCCAGAGUGUCGCCGCAGUGCCUCUCGCUGCGUUCGCCACCGUCUACGUUAAUGUGACAGAUGUCAACGACAACGUACCUUUCUUCACCUCAUCAGUUUAUGAAGCGUCUGUCACUGAAGGAGCCGAGGUUGGGACAUUGGUUAUUCAGGUUUCUGCCACUGACUUAGACCUUGGGCAACAUGGUGAGAUCACUUAUUCUCUGCUACCUGACCGCAGUGCCGACUAUACAUUUUUCCACUUGGACUCAAACACGGGUUCAAUCUACACUACCUCUGUGUUUGAUAGGGAAAAGAAAGCUUCGUAUCUCUUGGAAAUAAAGUCCACAGAUGGCUCAGAGUCGGCUCGUCCAGGGAAGCACGGGCAACCCAAUUCCGACACGGCCUACGUGCGCGUCUUUAUCAGCGAUGUGAACGACAACAAGCCCGCUUUCACCAAGAGCGUCUAUGAAGUUAAUGUGGAUGAAGACCAAGAUGUUGGAUCAACUGUCAUUACCGUCAGCGCUAAUGAUGAAGACGAAGGGACCAAUGCAAAGGUGAGGUACCAGAUCACGGCUGGGAACACCGGAGGCGCAUUUGAUGUCGACCCAGAGACGGGGCUCCUCUUCAUUGCCCAGCCACUGGACUAUGAGGACACCCAGCUGUAUGAGCUUCAUCUGUUGGCCUCAGAUGGGAAAUCGGAGGAUUAUGCUGUCGGCAUCAUCAACGUGGUGAACAAGAAUGACGAAGCCCCUGUUUUCUCACUCAACGAGUAUUACGGGAGCGUGAUUGAGGAGCUGGAUGGGCUUCCAGUCUUUGUUCUUCAGGUUGUAGCAAGUGAUCCUGAUAGUGGCUUGGAUGGAGGAGAUCUAAAGUAUUCCUUGCAUGGCCAUGGUGCAGAUGAUGUGUUUGCAAUUGAUGAGAACACAGGUAGCAUUUAUUCCCAGAAAAUGCUAGAUCGGGAAGAGCGAGCUCUUUGGCGAUUCGUUGUGCUUGCAACCGAUGAAGGAGGGGAUGGGCUGACAGGAUUUGCAGAUGUGAUCAUAAACAUCUGGGAUAUCAAUGAUAAUGCUCCAGUGUUCACCUGUAUGCCCAGCGACUGCAACGGGAGUGUCUUUGAGAAUUCUCCUGAUGACACAUUCGUUAUGGAGAUGACCGCUGUAGACAUGGAUGACGUAAACGUCGGCCUCAAUGCCGUUCUGACUUACCGUAUCCUGGAGAAUGUGAAAACUGACUUUGAUACAGACUUGUUCAAAAUCAGUCCCACCAGUGGCAACAUCUACGUAGCAGGAGGGAUGCUGGACAGAGAGAGGGAAGAAAAAUACCUCCUUAGGAUUGAAGCCAAAGAUGGCGGAGGACUGACGGGAACUGCCACUGCCACCAUCUGGAUUUCAGAUGUAAAUGACCACAUUCCUAGUUUCACGCAGGAUGUUUGGCAUGCUGUAAUUCCUGAGACCAGUGCUGUCAACUCAAAGGUCCUAGAAGUGUCAGCAGCUGAUGGAGACAGUGGGGAAAAUGCACAGUUAACAUUCAGCAUUAUUGGGGGAGAUCCAGAACAGAAGUUUUACAUCGAAAACCAUAGAGACCAGUGUGCUACUAUCAGGCUGAAAAAGACCCUGGAUUAUGAGCAAAUCCAUGAAAGGUGGUUUAACCUUACCAUCAAAGUGGAAGACUUAGAUUUUUCUAGUGUCGCCUUUUGCUUGAUCGAAGUGGAAGACUAUAACGACCACAGCCCUGUUUUCAGUUCUCGGGUUGUCCAGCUGAGCCCCUUCUUUGAGAACAUGCCUGUGGGUACCACCAUUGUGACAGUAACGGCUGUGGAUGAGGAUUCUGGCUCGAAUGGGAAGGUCGAGUAUUCCAUCCAGCUGGAUUCGGAUCCUGCUGAGCAAUUUGCGGUAGAUCAAGAGGGCCAUGUCACUGUGUCGAAAGGAUUGGAUCGGGAGGUCAUUCAGGAAUACGGUUUAAUUGUGCAGGCCUCUGAUCAAGGUCUCCCUGCCCGAACAGGAAGUGUUACAAUAUUGAUUAAUCUCCUGGAUAUCAAUGACAAUGAGCCAAGGUUUGAGACCUCAUACAUGCCUGUGGUAUGGGAAAAUACACCAGGACCGCAGGUGGUUUUUAUGAACCCUACGUCUACUCUUCUUUGGGCUUUUGAUCCGGAUGGUGAUGAGAAUGGACCACCUUUCACAUUUCGGUUGCCACCAGAUUAUCAAAACCUUUUGGAUUUCUCUCUUACUGACAAUGGAAAUAAUUCAGCAACUAUCUUGGCUCUGAGAUCUUUUGACAGAGAGAAGCAGAAGGUGUUCCACCUGCCUAUUAUCAUCAGUGAUAGCGGAAGUCCCCCAAUGAGCUCUACCAACACCUUGACUAUAACUAUUGGUGAUGAAAAUGACAACAGUCAUGAAGCCGGCCAUAAGGUGGUCUGUGUUUACACGCACCGAGGAAAAUGGUCAACAACAGUGCUUGGGGAAGUGUUUGCGCCUGAUCUGGAUGACUGGGACAAUAAAACAUUUGUCUCUGAAGGAAAAAUGCACAAGUCUUUCAGAUUAAAUCAAAGGACUGGCUCUCUGAUCAUGGUGGAUAAUGCUCCUCAGGGAACAUAUGAGUUUAAAAUCAGAGUGUCAGAUGGAAUUUGGCCUGAUGUUACAGCAACCGUGCAGAUACACGUCCAAGAGAUAGAAAACGAGGCCAUUUGGAAUUCUGCAGCCCUCCGUCUGGCAGACAUGACGGCGGAAGAGUUCAUAAGGAAGGAUGAGCCCGAAGAAAGCAGGUAUGACAAGUUUAAAGACCUGCUAGCAGGAAUCUUUUCGGUCCGUAUUGAGGACAUCCUGGCUUUCUCUGUGACAACCACUGAUGGGAGGCAGACAGAUGUGAGGUUUGCAGUUCGGAACGGCUCCUCCUAUUACAGGCCAGAAAAACUUCAGGGGCAGAUGGCUGCCUUUAAGAACAAGAUCCAGUUGGCUCUAGGGGUCAACAUUUCUCAGAUCGGUGUCGACGAAUGCCGCAGGACAGACUGUAGUGCCGGCAGUGGCUGUGCCAACUACAUCACGGUGAGUGACGUCCCCGCGGUGAUGGACACCGGAAGCGUGUCGCUUGUCUCGACAGCCACCAGCGUCAGUGCCAUCUGCACCUGUGCAGCUAGAGAGGCUGUUCAUCGGUCAUGCAGCUCCUACUCGCGCAACCCGUGUUUCAAUGGAGGGACAUGCACUGAUUCGCUGAACGGUUACAGGUGCCGGUGUUCUACCUCGUUUCAUGGGCCAGACUGCCAGCAGACAAAACGCAGCUUCCGGGGAAAUGGCUACGCCUGGUUCCAUCCCAUCCGGCCUUGUUUUGAGAGCUCCCUCUCUCUCGAGUUCAUUACCGAUGUUCCAGAUGGGCUUUUGUUGUACGAUGGUCCCUUGGCAGAUUCAGGCCCCGGCAACUCAGAAACCUUCACUGCAAUAGAGCUUUGCAACGGCGUUCCAGUGCUGAAGGUAAACCAUGGCCUAGGGAUGGUGGAGCUCCGUUUGCCGGGAUAUGUGAAUGUCACUGACAGAAGGUGGCACCGGCUUGAGAUGAGGAGCAGUGAGCAGGAGGUUCGAUUCAUUUUGGAUCACUGCAGAGCUGCGAUUGUGUCGGAGAUAGAAGGAGAGCGGGACAUGUGCCAGCCUCCCCUGCUCAGGCAAAAGGUGCUCCAUCGGCUGGAACGGUGCCCCUUCACCGCGCUGAAGGAAGGCACGGAGUGUGAGUUGCAACAGAAACAUUUUAGUGGCUGCAUUCGCAGUCUCACCUUGGACACUCAGGUGUACGACCUGGAGUCCCCUGCGGAGUCCGUGGAGAGCUCUCCCGGGUGCUCCUGGACGGACGGCAGCUGUGAGAGGACGGGUCCCCCCCCAUGCGGCCUUCAUGGGCAGUGCCACAGCGAGGGGGGCUCCUUUACCUGCCGGUGCUUGCCGGGCUACUACGGCCCCAGAUGCGACAAAGGUGCUGAAGAAUACACUUUCCGGCCGGGGAGCUACAUUCGCUACCAGCUUCCCUUUCCCGUGCCUGCCCGCAGAACCCUGGCAGAAGCCACAAUACGGAUCCGAGAGCCCAAUGGUAUCAUUAUGAGCUUGUCUUCUCGGAACAAGGAUGAGCACAUCACCCUGCAGGUGGUCCAAGGGUUAUUGACAGUGUCUUACAACCUGGGAGAUGGGCCAGUUGCUGUUAGCCUGCCUUCCUACCAAGUUCACAAUGGGGAGUGGCACCGCGUUUCCCUGGAGCGGAACGGAAAUGAAUUCCUUCUUCGCCUCGAGGAAGGAGGUGGGAAGAGAGAGAUUCAGAAGGCAGCGGGUGUCUACAAAGAGAUCAUCAUGGAUCCCAGCAGCUUGGUGGUUGGCAACACGUACCCUGUCAAUCAAAGCCACAGUUUCCAAGACACACGCUCAGGCAGGCAGGCGGGGCUGCGGCUUCGUCCUUGGCGAAGAGCCUUCCAGAGCGAGCCUGACUCCUAUUUUGCCUUAGGAUGCAUGAAGGAUGUCAGAUUCAAUCACUACGGGCUGCCUCUGGACGCGUCCCGGAAGGAGCUGGUCCUGAAUGCCCAAGGCGUGAAGAAAGGCUGCCUCUCUGAGGCUUGCAAGGGCAGUCCCUGCAUCCAGCCGUUCUUGUGCAUUGACUUGUGGAUGAUGCACGAAUGCAGUUGCCCUCCAGGACACAUGUUGGUGGAGAACGCCACAGGACGGCACUGCAUGUACACCGCAUGUGCGCAAAGACCCUGUAACUUCGGCACGUGCAUCUCCCAGUCCGCGAGCAAGUUCCGAUGCCAUUGCCCCGACGGCUACUCCGGCCGCAACUGUGAGAUCACUCUGGCAAUCUUCCACAAGGACGCCGGGCUGAGCUUCAGCUCCAUGUUCGCCAUCUGCAUUUGCUUUCUGGCCCUGCUAGUUCUGCUGAGUGGUGUUCUUCUGUGGACUCGGUGGAAGAGCCACAAAAGCGUGAAUGGAGGAGUUUACCAUGUCACCACCGGUCAUGAUGAUUUGGAGGACAUCCGGGAGAACAUCCUCAACUAUAACGAGGAAGGAGGAGGAGAGCAGGACCAGGAUGGCUACAACAUUGCUGAGCUCCAGAUGUCUCUUCAAACCAGUCCGGCCUUCUCUCUCUACAAGAACAAAGUGAAGCGGUUGGCGCUGAACAGCCCACUGAGUUGCGAGUUCGCAUCCCACCCAAAGGAGUGCGCGGAAGCAGAAAGAGGCUCCUCCUGCUCCAGCAUCGAUUUUGGGUGCUACCUGUCGGGCGUGGUUCGAAGCAUGGACCAGCAGCACCAGGCUCUCCCCUGCGAUUCACUGCAAGUCUUUUACAUGGAAGGGGAGUGUUCAGUGGCCAGCAGCCUCAGCUCUCUGGGGUCGUGUGGGUGGGACGAAGAUACCCCAUAUGGGGACAUGAAAGAAUGGGGGCCAAAGUUUGAAAAACUCAGUGAACUGUAUUCGCAUGCAGAACCGGAGGAAAUUUAG